CUAGAGCGCAUAACCAUUGGCUUAACUUAAGCGAAUCGUUUCCUAGUCUACAAAAUAUUCGAUCGUUUACAAAAUCUACGACGAGGAAACUUCAUUAAAACUUUACAAGGAUAUAGCUAAGAGAAGUAGCUAGAAGAAGUAGCAUGUGCGAAGUACCGUUUUAAUGGAGCAAGACACGUGAUUGGGGUGAAUGUAACAAUGGCACAGGUGAAAAUAGACGAGUUGUUCGACGUAACGAGAACCACUGGCAAAGCAGGAAAAUGUGAACGUAUGGACAGCCCCCGUUGUCCCUCGAGGUUGUUCAGUGUCGUCAGUUCGAUCCGGUCACUGGGCCAUUCACCAUGAACGAGCGCAAAGAUGAAGUAAAUUCGAUUUACACGGUCGCCAGUAACCAGAACCUGGUACCGAUAAGAUCCAGGCACGCCUACUUAAAGAAACGACGGUACGUAUCGUAUUUAACGAUGAUUAUAUUGUUCCUCCUGAUGGCUUUAGCCGUUAUAGUGGCCCUGGUGUUUAUUAUACUUUAUGCAACCUACAGACCGGUGGAACUUUGCGAAACUGAAAAUUGCGUCCGCAUAGCUGCUAGUUUGAAGGAAUCUAUGGAUACUUCUGUAGAUCCUUGUGACGAUUUUUAUAAAUACGUAUGUGGGAAAUGGUCAGACGAACAUCCUAUACCAGAUAAAAGUUUGACGAAUUCAUGGUUCGACGAGCGUAGAGAAAGAAUGUACAGGAAAAUAAGAGAACUCUUACGAGAUAAUACCACAAACAGUGAUGUACCAUGGGCAGUGUCACAGGCAAAGAUAUUGUACAACAGCUGCAUGAACGAGCACGCGAAAAAUGAACUGGGACUUGCGCCGUUGUUCGAGUUAUUGGAGGAGCUCAAUUUACCUUCGAUUCCUGCGGGGCUUACGAAGAAGACAAGCGGUUAUAUCGAACAAAUAGCCAGGGUGAAGAAAGUUCUGGGAAAAGAUGUGUUUUUCGGUUUCGACAUUAUUCCUGAUCCUCGAAACACCAGUAAUAAUAUCAUGCUGUUCGACACACCGAUUAUGACAAAUCCGUUACCCAACGAUAAGGAGCUUGAGAAACGACUGCAUAGGAUCAGGUCACGCGUCUGGAUUCUGGACGACGACGAAGAUAUUAUAACGAUGAGUAAGAUGAUGGAGGCAGAGAUGAUGUACAUGAGCGACGUAAUUAAGCAAAUCGUGAAUAAUGGAACUCUUGAUACUUGCUCCUUAAAGAAUGAAUCAUCAUUUCCCUACAAGGAAGAGCUAGAGGAUGUAGUCGAGACGCUUUACCUUUUAACUGGCACUUUUUAUUACAUAUCUCGUAUGGAAAGCAAUCAAAGCAUCUGGGAAAAUGAUCCAACCGAUGAUGAUUAUAUGCUGGUAGACGAUCUUCAGAAGUUGACUGACGAGUUCGUGUCGGAAGUUAAUUCGACAGUUACGCCCAAACCAUUAUGGCGACCGUUCAUUGAGCUAGUUUUCAAGGAUAUUGACACUUUAGACUUGAACAAGACAGAUAAGAUAUUAGUAGGUGAUUUGGAAUACUUGAAGGAAGUUGCUCUAAUGCUGGCUCUUACCGAAGAAGAAGAAUUAGAGAGCUACAUUUGGUGGGUAAUCGUAGACAUAGUUGUACCUCAUUCAUCCGACAAUUUAAGGAAAAUUUGGCUAGAUUAUACCAGCACAGUAACUAGUGUCGAAAUCGGUGAAUCGAAGUCCCUGCUUUGUGCGUCUGUGGUUAACGAAUUGAUGGGAAUGGCGGUCUCGUGGUUGUUCGUGGAUCCAUCCUUUCACGAAAACAAGGGCAAGAAGGUGUUUGAAAUGCUGGACGACAUAAAACAAGCUUUCGCGUCGAUGGUUUUGCGCACCGAUUGGAUGGAUCGGCAGACAAAAAUGGCCACUAUAGAGAAAAACAGGAAAAUGGAAUCUCAAAUUGGCUUCCCAGAUUGGUUGUUCGAUGAAAAAGUGCUUAACGAAUAUUACGAAGGCAUAGAUCUCGCGGAAACAGAAUAUUUGAACAAUAUAAUUCAAAUUGUUCGGUUGAUGUCCAUGUCUGAGUUGGAAUGCAUCCACGAUAUUAAUUAUGACAACAUGUCGUACUGGGCGACUGAUCCGACAGAUGUAAAUGCAUUUCAUACCUAUCAAUUUAAUCAUAUAACUAUACCGGCGGGAAUUCUUCAAUUCCCCUUUUAUGAACUGGGUCUCGAAUCUCUGAAUUACGGUGCCAUCGGAACAGUGCUCGGUCACGAGUUAACUCACGGAUUCGACAACAGUGGAAGACACUACGAUAGCAAUGGGAACGUGAGGCAAUGGUGGACCAAUGAAACUAUUGUAAAAUACACUGAAAAAACUGACUGUUUUAUACAUCAUUACAACACCUAUUAUGAAGCUGAAGUAGAAGAUUAUAUAGAUGGUGAACGUACAUUGGGCGAAAAUAUAGCCGAUAAUGGAGGUCUCAGAGAGGCUGUUGUCGCUUAUGGAAGAUGGAAGGCCAGGCACGGUCAAGAGCCUUUACUUCCGGGAUUCACUCACCUUACUCACGAGCAACUUGUUUUUCUCGGUUUCGCGCAUGUUUGGUGCGAAUCCUACACACCAAAAUCUUUGAAAUGGAUAUUACAAGAUUCCCAUUGUCCUGGACACGUGAGACUUCUCGGGGUUCUCAAGAAUUCAAAGGAAUUCAGCGAAGCAUGGAAAUGUCCUGUGGGAUCAAACAUGAAUCCUUCAGAAAAAUGCAGAUUGUGGUAAUGACACAGUUCUUCGAACAAAGUUAUUUUCAUAGGAAUUUUCUGAAUCUUCCUCCCCCUAAAUAAUCAAACUUUUAUACUUGUCUAUUAUCUUAACUAAUACCAUCGAUUGUAAGAAAUAAUGUAACCAAGACAAGUAGUUUCAGUAACAAGUGUGUUAAAAUAUAGAGCAAUUGUUGAAAAAUGACAACGUUGUAAUAAAACAACUCCGUGUUUAUAAUAAAAGAAUUUUAUUUACUUAUAA